ACAGGCUGGUCCGACGCCUGAGGCCCAGGAGACUCGUGUCUGUGGUGAAGGCGAUGCCCUCCGUCCCGCUGAUAGUCAAGUUUCCCAAGAUCAGCGUGGAGAGUACUCUCGGGGAUGAACUCAUUUCGACUUUAAAGAAUAUGGGAAUCCGUGACCUUUUCUCAUCCGCCGCCGAUCUGACCGACUUCACACAUGUUCGAGGAUUAAUGGUGAAUGGAGCGAUCCACAAGGCCCUUAUAGAGGUGGACGAAGAAGGCGCAGAGGCGGCAGCGGCGACGGUGCUCGCUGUGACUAAGUCUAGUCCAAUGCCUCCAAAGACGACGUUCACGUGCAACCGGCCCUUCGUUUUCUACAUUAAAGAUAACGAGGCGAACAACAUCCUGUUCAUGGGUGUUUAUAGGGGUCUUUGAGGGUCCUCUGCUGGACCUUGUUAUCAUUAUGGUUGGCAUUGUUCUUGUUGAU